CAGUCAUUCAAACUUAUCUUCAUUAACGUUAGACUUAUCAUGAUAUCAAGGGUCGAUCGAUUGAGUCAUGGAAAUCGCAGGUGCCUAGAGACGACUUCACGUGCUAAGGAAAUGACCCAAUACAUUGCUUCAUCAUGCAGUCCGACACUCACCGAGACCCUCCAAGCAAUCUCCCCCACAAUGGACAAUCAGUUAGAACUGCAAAUGGAAGCCAAAUCCCAAAUCCCAGUAUGAGCCAACACCACUAUAUUGUUGCGAGCCAGCCACAACUUUCCACACAGCAUGGAUUACACUUUCCACAGACUGGUCAUCAUGGAGAUGGAAUUAACGGGACGCCGUCAGCAAAACAGACUCCUGUGUACUUAUCUGUAGCUCCAGGUUCUGGCACUCUUAACAGUGGACACAACCUGGCCUCGGCUGGAACCCAGCAGUGUGUGCAGUCACAACCAGUGGCCAUGGUACAAAGUCAGCAGGCAUUCCUCAUUAACACCCACCAAGUUCCCUUACAUUUUUAUGUACUGGGAAAUGAAGGAGUACGCAGAGGUAGUCAGCCACAGGCCCAAUUAAACAGUGACAAGACUUCCUCCCAUUCAUCUCCUGUUUCUCAAUCUCACCAGCUCAGUGGCUCAAGGCAAGUUCAAAAGCCUACCAUGGAUCAGAUCUCUGGUGGGAUUGCGAAUCACCAAAACAAUUCUCCUGGAAUAGUUGCUCUCCUUGUCAAGCAGAGUGACUUGCCUUGUGCUGCAAACCCAGUGCAUAUCCUUAAGGAUCAAAGGACUGUUGUUUCAUGUGGAGACGACCGUUCACUACAGUGUGAGCAAGAGCACAACACGAAUGGGGGUGGAACGGCACAGGCAUCCUCAACUUUCUCUAGAGGACAAUCAGGAAGCUCAGUUCUUCACAUAAGUGACAGUUGCUUUAAUGGUGUGACAUUAGCUAAUGGAUCAUCUUUGUUAGCCUCUCAGUCUGUCUUCACUACCAGUUUGACUAGCUUGCAAUCCACCUGCUACUCAUAUGAUAACAAUGUCCCUCCAUCUACCAUCAUUUCCCAAGGUUGUCAGUCAAAGUCUACCUCUUCUCAGGGUUUGAGUACAUCUGUCUCGGGAAGGAGUAGUGCACAUAUUUCUACCUCCUACCCCCAUAUCCCUCCUCCUGGCCUGCACGGGUCCAGGCUCACUCAGGCCCGUGGUGCUCUAAUGAAUAUGCUGUUGCAAAUCCGGCAAUUAAAAACACAUACUCAAAGGGCUGUUGCGGUUGUCCCUCCGAUAUUACAACAGUGUACUGAUGGUGAUGAAAGAAAAAAAGAAAAGGGUGAUGAGCAACCUUUUAAGAUACUUAGCGUUUGGUCAGAAGCUGCAGAAAACACAGAUGAAAACUCAUCCAAGUCUGGUUGUCAUCCUUCAGUAACUGGCAUUGAUGGAUCUGAUGUGAAGUCCUCAUCUUAUUGCAAGAGAGUAGAAAAUGAAGGCCAUCAAAUUGUUAUCCCAUUCAGACAAUGUGUACCUAACUUGUCAAAAUCAGCAGGACAGAAAUCUGAUGUGGCAAAACAUCCAAAGAUGAAUGGGAGCAUUGUAGAUCUGAAAUCAAAGACAGAGGAGAUCGCCACUCAACCAAACCAACAUGUGACAACCAACAGUCGUCCAGGACAAAACUAUGGACCAUUAGGUCGCUUCAGAGAUCCUGUACAUGUUUCAUUUAGGACACCCAUCGUGAAGUAUAGUCUUAGGAUGCUGAAAGAGUUGAUUGCUGAUCUUGAAGCAGAACACAUGAAGCAAAAUGGCAAGAGUGAUGAUGACUCGGACCUUGUGCAAAAUUUACUUGACCUUUACUGGGGUGGAAGUUCUUCUAACUACAUGACUGCAAAAGCAGAAGGUGCCAUUGAGAACAUAUUGCAAGAAGCCACUGAGUUUAACAUGGCAAAUGAUUCUGUGGUUUUUGAUGGCAUGAAAGUGGAGGAUUUAUAUCAGUUAAAAGACAGAUUUCACAUUCUUAAGAAGGAUUGUGAUGUUUCAGUGUCCGAGGAUACCUUUAAAUCAUCUUCAAGAGGCAUUAAGGGAAAAGUAGGAGGGCUUGACAAAGAAUCUACGGAGAACCAUUGUGUCUCUGAAACCUCUUCGCUAUUACCACCAGAGCACUUGAGAAACACAAAGGGAUUUGACCUUCAUAGUGACAUUAAGACCAUGGCAGGUGUAUCUCUGGAAGAUCCUCAUGGUUCCCCAUCAGCCAAAACUUUGGGAAAAGCCACAGCUCUUGACACAAAUAAUGCAGAACAUUCCCAAUUGCCAGCCAUCAGACUUUCAAAUCUGCAUGUUCCUGACAAUGAAAUGGUCACUGACACAGUAUCUGUUUUUUACAGUAAGUGCAAAAACCAGGAUGAUUGUGAUAUCCAAGAGAUGGGGAAAGCACCAGAGAGGGACCAUAUAAUAAGUUCAAAGUCCCUAGAUUUUGCAGUAAAAUUAACCAUGCUGUCGUCUGAAGACACCAUAAAAAUGUUUGAUUGUGAGAAAAAUGGCAAGAUGAAAAAUCUCUCUGAGAACCUGUCCUCAGCAGCACCAAGUACAGCUGAAGAAUCAGAUCAAGGCUGUGCCAAAAUGAAGAUACAAGUGUUGUCACCAGAUGAGGUAAAGGCCCUUUCUAAGCUAUUAUAUGAAGAUGGUACAGAGGGGUUGUGUACAGCUUCUCCUGACACACUUGAUGUACACCAGGAUGAGACGGGGCUUGUUUCUCUGCAAAAGGGAAAUGCAAACCCAGAUCAGAUCCAAGCAAAAAUUAUUGAUGGCAAGACUCUAGUGGGGUCAGGUGGAAGUGCUGCGCCAUGUAUUUUCACUUCAAACAAGUCAGUUGAAGGGAUUCACGGCCACACAAUAACAGCAGACAAGAUGGCACAGACAGAUGUACCUGACGAGAACAAGUUAUCAGUAUUUAAGAAGGUGCAGCGUAGUGCUCCUGAAGAAGCCCUAACUAACAAACGUAGUAAUGCACAGACAUGUGGUACAACAGUGCCCAGAAAGCUAUCCCAUGGCCCAACAACCUCAAAGAAGGCUAAGGCUUCUGUAAAGGAUCUUGCCAGAAGCCAGAAGAGGAAAUGGGUUGAACAUGGUGGUGAAGAUCAAGUCACAAUCCCACCACCCAAACGUUCAAAUGUUUUCUCCCCAAUGGAAAAAUCUGCUAAGGAAAAGGUCCUCAAAAAUUGGGAAAGCACCUUUGUGCCAACAAAUGUUAGGUCAAGAAGACUGUCUACAGAACAGGGUACAAAGGAGACAUCCUUCAGUUCAUCAGAGUUUAAUCCUAGAAGACACGAGAAGACAUGACAUCAAGAAUGAAGCCAGAUAUUGGACCAUUAAUAAUUGAGUGGAGAGAACCUUUAGCAUGUUAGUGCUUUUUCUUGCAAAGUUAAGUAGUGUGUCAUUGUGAAAUGACUUUCUGGAAAGUUAAUUUAAAUGAAAUUUUGUUUGAAUUUUUUUGUAAAAUGUCAGUUAUAAGGUUCCUUGAAAUGCAUAACUGUAUAACAGUAUGUCUUUCAUUGCCUCAUGACUUGUUUUCCCUAAAUGUCAUGCAAGAGGCAUGAUGAGCUUGAUCAUGCCAUCAUCAUGGUGAAAGGGAUCUAUUUUGUCAGGGAAACUGAAAGUUGUUUUUUUUUUAAGUAUAAAUUACAGUACGUCUUGUGCUAAUUUCUAUGUUAGCAUGAGGUUUGUAUUAAUCUCUGUAGAUAAGGUUGAUCUUAUGUUCUAUUUCAGUGUACAGUGUUAAAACAAAACAUUUAUACUGUUCUUCCUAUAUUUUGUAAGUGAUGUUAGGCUACUGUUUUUACCUUUGUGGCUGCUAUUCAAAAUAAUAAUUAAAAAAAUUAUUUUCACAUGCACAAAAAUAAAUGACUAUGUAGCCUACAGUAUAUCAGAUUCACCUAUGGCUGUUUUACAAGUGAUUUAACAUACAAGCCAUAGGCCUACCUCCCAACAAAACUAUGGAUCAUUUUUCUAUUAUUUACGAAUGUUG